AUGAAGCAUACGUUUUACAAAUAUAAGCAACGAUUGAAUGCUUUCAUCAUCACUUACGAUUGUAAAUCAUUACGAUUCAAUGCAACAAAGCAAAAUAUCCAACGCGUUUUUCCAGAUUAUUUUCAUAUUCGUUGUUUUCGGUCAGUGCCACUUAACGAUUCUCGUGUGCACACUUCAUCGAAUUUAAUAGCGAAGAAAGUCUCAUCGAAUCUAUUGUCGUUCAUCGAUUUAUGGACAUAUGAAAUUGCGAAAUAUUCGACAAGCAAUGAAUUACAAUGGUCAUUUAUAUUUGAAGAUGAUGUGAAUUUCGUUCCUCCAUCGAACUUUUCUCUCAAGUCUUAUAUCAACACAAUCGAACAACUAAUGGAUCACCCAGAAAUUCAAUCAAAGCAUGGUUUUUUUUACUUAGGAAUUUGUGCUCCAACUUUUUCCAACAAGACUGGUCCAUUAACUAACAAAGAGUCGAAUAACACGCUUGUGAGCAGGAAAGGCUACGGAUGGUGUUCACAUGGAAUGGGUAUAACAACAAAACGAGCACGAGAUUUUUGGUUUCAUAUGUCAUCUUAUCGUCCAAGUCCCGAAGGAGGCAUUGAUUUGUGUCUAAGACAGUACUCAAUUCGAAGUAAAAACGAAUAUUACAUUCUCGGAUCUAAUGUGCAUUGGCCAUCUAACACAGGACAUUUUGGAAUAGCAUAUCAAGAUCGAAAACGAUUUCGAUCGGGAAUGAAUUAG